AUGAGCAAAAUGUCAGGGGAGGAGGAGUUUUAUCUGUUCAAGAACAUCUCCCCAGUGGGACCGUGGGAUGGGCCUCAAUACCACAUUGCCCCUGUCUGGGCCUUCCACCUCCAGGCAGCCUUCAUGGGUUUUGUCUUUUUUGUAGGGACACCACUCAAUGCCACAGUGCUGGUGGCCACACUGCGCUACAAAAAGCUGAGACAGCCCCUCAACUAUAUUUUGGUUAAUGUGUCCCUGGGGGGCUUCCUCUUCUGCAUCUUCUCUGUCUUCACCGUCUUCGUUGCCAGCUGUCAGGGAUACUUCAUCUUUGGCCGCCGCGUUUGCGCGUUGGAGGCCUUCCUGGGCUCUACAGCAGGUCUGGUGACAGGCUGGUCGCUGGCCUUCCUAGCCUUUGAGCGCUACAUUGUCAUCUGUAAGCCCUUCGGCAGCUUCCACUUCAGCUCCAAGCACGCGCUGCUGGUGGUCCUGGCCACCUGGGCCAUUGGUAUUGGGGUCUCCAUCCCGCCCUUCUUUGGCUGGAGCCGGUUCAUCCCCGAGGGCCUGCAGUGUUCCUGCGGCCCCGACUGGUACACCGUGGGCACCAAGUAUCGCAGCGAGUACUACACGUGGUUCCUCUUCAUCUUCUGCUUCAUCGUGCCUCUCUCGCUCGUCUGCUUCUCCUACUCGCAGCUGCUGGGGGCCCUCAGAGCCGUUGCAGCCCAGCAGCAGGAGUCAGCUUCGACCCAGAAGGCUGAGCGGGAGGUGAGCCGCAUGGUGGUGGUGAUGGUGGGAUCCUUCUGUCUCUGUUACGUGCCCUACGCUGCCCUGGCCAUGUACAUGGUCAACAACCGUAACCACGGGCUAGACCUACGGCUGGUCACCAUUCCCGCCUUCUUCUCCAAGAGCGCGUGCGUCUACAACCCCAUCAUCUACUGCUUCAUGAAUAAGCAGUUCCGGGCUUGCAUGAUGGAGAUGGUGUGUGGGAAAUCCAUGACAGAUGAGUCUGACAUGUCCAGCUCCCAGAAAACAGAAGUUUCUGCUGUCUCUUCUAGCCAAGUUGGCCCCAACUAAGGUGCCAUUUGCAGCAACUAGGAUUUUACAUUUAAGGAAAUUUCUACUUUCUCUGCUAAGAACCAAACUGCUAACAACACAAAAAACAGACGGGAGUGAUGACAAUUUGGGGAAUCAAUUUCCCAUUUUCCUAUUAUUCCCUUCCUGCCUCCAAAGCUACUGUGCCAGCUGGGUCCAUCUCAGAACACAUCAAAGGCCACUUCAGCAAUCAUCAGUUUCUGCUCCUAAGGCAAGAGUGGCAAGAUUCGUAGCCCUUGCAGAAUCCAUCUCCACAUACAAGGCAACUAUAAAGGAGUAUGGUUGAGUCUUCAGUGUAUGGAUAACAAUUAUCUUCCUUUUUUUUAAAUCCUCACCCAAGGAUA